GGUUCACGGAGCAGUACCAUUAUUAUAUCACGGCAUCUCAGGAAGGCGGUUCUCGUCAUCGGAUCCGAGCAACUUCGGGAAAAAAAGCCAUUUCCGCCGGACGGCGAGGGCCGUUGAGCUCCUCUUCCUGUCCGCCAGCGGCAACGGGGACUGAUUUUCGUUUCUUCUUGUUCUUCUUCGUCUGCUGCAUCAACUGCAAGCUCCGUUGCUCAGAGAGAUGGGUUCGAGCAAACGCGGAGGAUCAAAGAGCAGCAGCUCCUCCGGCUCUCACCUCCGCACUCUCCAUCAGCGCCUCCGCGGUGCCCUCAAUCUCGGCACCAGUUAUUCUGCUGAUGACGGGAAAAGGAAAUGGGAGUGCAAAGAUAUUGAGAUUCAGAGACAUGUGCUCCGCUCGAUUGGUUCCUUUCUCGAUGGCAUUACUCAGGAGACGAGGCAUGAUGCGCUCGUAAAGGAUUCAGUGUCAGAUAUUGUUGGUGCAUUGGUAGAGAUUCUUCAACAGAAAAAUGGGGCCAUUAUAACUAUAGCAGCAGAUGUGGUUGUCAAGUUGGUUAAUGUCUUCACUUACUCUAGUCUGCAGCCCUAUGUUCUAGAACUUAUUCAUCCUUUGUCGUCAUUGUCAGCUAACCAUCAGCUACGGGUCGCCAUAUCAUGUGCAACAGCUUUGAACCUUUUGAUCUCCAAGCUAAGUAAAACAAAAGAGAAAGAGGUCUGGGAGAUUCUCAAUGACACAGACUGUGUUGCUCUUCUCAUGUGUAAUAUUAUGGAGUUUCCUUGCAUCACGAAGCGAGCUGAAUAUAUCCAUGAAAUUGCAUCUCUCCUGAGUUCGAUUUUAUGGCGGUGGCCUCAGUCUAGAUAUUCUGUCUGGGGUAACACUGGACUUAUGAAAAUUUUGGAGGUUAUAAGGGUAGAUCCUGACCCAUCUAUUAAAGUUGCAGUUUUGAAGAUAUGCUCUUCAAUAGCUCUAUGUGGUUACGGCGCGAAAAGAAUUCUUGACAAUGGCGACCUUCUUGGCACAAUUGUAUCCUGUAUGGGAACCUCAAACCUGCAAUCUGUUCAAAUGGAAGGAUUUAAGCUUGCCCAGUGUAUAAUGAUGAAUGAGGAGGGAUGCUCAAGAGUGAUGAGCUUGUAUUGUGAGCCCACUGUAAAAGCCAUAGUUGAUGCAAUGAGUGCAUGGAGAUUGCAGGAUGGGAAGGUCGCUAGUGAUCAGAUGUCAUUGCUGGCAGAGGCAUGUCGUGUGGCAACUAUUACUCGCUGGCCUGGAAAGCACCAUAUCUACUUUUGGAAAAUGGGGAUCAGCAAAGUACUGUUUGAUCUUCUUCUACCAAAACUUGAUGCCAAGCAUUCGUCACACUACUUAUCAUUGGAAGAACAGAUAUCUAUAGCACGGGAAAGUCUAAAUGUGAAUUCGCUAUUUUUCUUGAGGCCAUAUGUCUGGGAUAUUCUUGGAUCUCUUGCAGCAUAUUGUGCUGCAGAUUUUAGACCCAGCAAAAACGAAGAUUUCUAUCGCAUUGAAAUUCUUUUGACAUGUGCGAGUUUGGCUUUUGAUGAUGUUAUCCGGAAAGGAAGACAACUAUUCCUCGAAGAUGCCACGAUUAUAUCAAGAACAGAACCAGCUGUGAGGGCAGUUCAGAUGAUGAUAUAUUCUCCAUGCAAGUAUAUUGCUUCAAGGAUGGCAUCUAUUCUUUCUGAGGUUUUAGAGCCAAAUGCUGAAGGGCACUUAGAAUAUUUGGUGUGCAUGCUAAAGUCCAAAUCAUCUAGAGACAAUCUUGGGAUGCCAGAGUUACUCCAAUUGGCUAUUCAUUUGAUAUGCUUGACAUGCUAUUUGGCUUUGCCUUCGUAUCAGAAUAUUAUUACAAGUGAAGGGGAACAGACUAUGAUUGAUCUUGUGAUAAGAUGCUUAUCUAGAUCUUACUCUUUAGCGAGGCAAACUUAUGCUUUUCAUUUAAUCAACACUUUCAAUCAGAGAAUAUGUUGUUGGACUGUUCCUGAGGAGUGGGAAGGAAGAGAUGUGCUUUUGCUCUAUGGUCUUUGGGGAUUAGCUGAUGUGGUACAUCUUUCUCACUCUAAAGAUACAUUUGCUCGACGAAAGGAAGUCGUCGAGGUUCAGUUACUCAGUAAGCUUAGGGAGAUCUGCAGUGACCCUUCUACUGGUGGAUCGAGAUGGUUUGCUGCAUAUAUCCUUACUUACUCUGGGCUCUUUGGUUUUCCUUCUAAACUUGGAGAAAUAAUUAGCAAAGCCCAUAAUGACAAUGAUUUUGUCGAUAUUCAGCUCACUCUAGCCAGUGGUGAGAAACUGAGUGUGCACAAAGUUCUUCUUAUGAUAAGAUGCCCUUCAUUGUUGCCGCCCAAAGAUUCCCCCUCCAAUGACAGAAUAUCUAAUGAUUCUGCAGCAAAUAGUAAUUCAGAUGAGCCAUGCGGAAAGUUGCAGAAAGAGUUUACUUUAUCUUCACAUGUGGGACACUCAGAAUUGGUGAAACUAUUGGACUAUGCUUAUUGUGGAUAUCUGCAUGCAGAAGAAGAUCUGCUGAAAAAGUUGAAAGCUCUUGCGCAAAGUUGUGGGCUUCAGCCUCUGACUCAGCUGCUUUCUAGGAGGAUUCCUAAGUGGGGUUUGCACGUCCCAAGCUUUGAUCUUUCCCCUGCUCUCGAUUUUCGUGGACAAAGAAUUUCGGACGUCGUCUUGGAGGCAAAAGCAACUGAUUCUCUAGACUGGACUUGCACGAUAUGCUCUUCUUCAUCCGCUCCUCACAUGCAUCUUCACAAAGUUAUUCUAUGGGCAAGCUGUGAUUACCUGCGAGCUAUGCUGCAAUCUGGAAUGCUAGAGAGCCAUACUCGAGUCGUGAAGGCACCAAUCAGGUGGGGAGCUUUGCAGAAACUGGUGAAGUGGUUCUACUCGUACGAACUCCCAAAACCACCUGGUGGCUGUUUGUGGCAAAAUAUGGGCACCCAGGAGAAGCUCUACCUCCUCGAACCAUUCAUAGAACUAUUGUGGCUUUCUGAGUUCUGGUUCUUAGAGGAAGUCCAUGAGGAGUGCUUGAGAACCAUCAUGUCCCGUCUUGACUCAGAUUCAAAGCUGUCCGUGAAAGUUCUCCAAUUUGCUGCGGACUUGUCCCAGUGGAAAAUAGUGGAGGCUGCAGCAAAUCUUGCAGCUGGUUCAUUCCGCCAGCUCCAGGAGUCGGGCGAAUUGGAAUCGUUGGACGAUACGCUUGUCGAGAUGGUCCGUGCUGCCUCAGUUCGGUUUUCACGGGUAGGGGAUGAUGAUGGCUCUUUUGGAUGAACCUUUAACACUUGACUAUGGAAUUGAGCCGGGCAAUGCGAUGUACAUUUUAAUGUACAGCUGAGUGUCAGUGCAUUGGGGAUAAGAAUCUUUACUUUUACGAUUGAAUCUCAGCUGCUUGAUAUUCCUUCUUCCAUCCCUUAGUUGGCCUGAACGCUCCUCGUCUGGUAUAGUAUCCGUCAUAUCAAAGAAAUCAGACUCAAGUUAAUCGGACCUCGGCCUGUGAUUCUGACCGGGGCCGUUCUUCAGUGGUCUCAGCCCGGGGUCUCGGCCCUGGCAGUCCGUCACUCAGUCUGCAGCAGGGAUGGCAAUUAGUUUGUGAGGUCCUGUGAUUCUGACCGGGGCCGUUCUUCAGUGGUCUCGGCCCUUGCGGUCCGUCACUCAGUCCGCAGCAGGGAUGGCAAUUAGUUUGUGUAAAUGGAUAAGAUUUUUCACCUGACCCAUAGUGGGUAAAUUAAAAGUUUUGUUCGUGGGUGAUGAAAUGGGUAUGGAAAUUAACAGUUAAUAUCUUGCACGGUUUAGGAAGGGUUUAGAAUUUUACAUUGAAAUUUGUCCCCAACUCGUCAAGAACGAAAUUUACUUAGGCAUUUUUCGAAUAA